CUCAAGGUUGAUUCAGGCAUCUCUUUCUACUUCUAUUCUCUCUUCCCUCUUAAAGUGAACGCUUUGUGUUCCUUAGUCAUUCAAAAAACAAAAAUAUUCCUUCCCAGCGCGACGUUGGACAGUGUCUGUUUUCUCGCUUUUUGAAAGCGCAACGACCUCCUCGUCUUCGGGUGAAUCCUUUGAAACUUCGCCGCCUGAAAAGCCCUCAUUAAACUACCCUAUCAGGAAAGGCUUCAUCGGGUUCGACCCUGACUGUAUAAUACAUUAUUUCUCAAUUUCUUCCCCCCCCCCCUCCAAUUGAAACACACGAGUCGCUCUUUGAUCAUGUCUGCCGACCAAUUGCUUUACUCAAUGGGUCAUUCAUCCCAGGGUGAUGAAUUCUUUGACUUCGACAACUUCUUUGAUAUCCCCUCGGGUUAUGUCGACAGUAACCCGACCUCGGUCAACUCAAUUUCCCCCAAGGACUUUGACUUGACUUACAACGACCUGGACGGGUCAAAUUGGGACUCGGGACUCGACAUGUGCACUCAAAUUCCAUUCACCGACUUUGUCAACCACGAACCAUCAUUCGCGGAAUACUUCGGAGGUGCCGCGAAUGUCGAGCCCGUGGUAGACCCCAAUGAUAUCCUUCAACUUCCGUCAUCUUCACCCAGUGAAGCCUUCGUUGGAUCCGAGUUUGACAGUGCCUGGUUGCCAGGUGCGCACAGUUAUGACGACCAUUACUAUUCCACCAUUCGGCAUAUGGUAGAGUCGCAAGCGGCGGUUGACCCGAGCUGCUCAUCCAAGAAAGAAAAACGCCGAGAAGCAGCCAUAGCCCUACAUCUACAGCGCUUGCAAGAUGCCCCACUUCCCGAGGCAGAUAUGUCUUCGGAUUCAAAUACCAGUUUCCCAUCACCUCCGUGGAGUGUUUCCCAUGACCCUGCAUGCGCCAGUCCGGCGACUACUUUACUGUCCGAUUCAACCAAGUCGCCAACACCGCCAUCCGCCGAGGCGACACCCGGCGGGAUUGAACUGGUCUUGGACCUUAACAUGAACACGCCUGCGAAUCUACCGAGGAAGCAGAAACCUCGGUCACGGGCGCAAAAGGAAAAUUACAUCAAAGUUCGAAAACAUGGUGCCUGUGAAAAACAUCGAAAACAGCAUAAGAGGUGCAAUUGCCUUGACAUCAAGGGCGCUCGUCUCAGUGUCAACAACCCUGCUCUUUCUCCUACUACGGCGGUGCUUGACUCGACUAGACAGACUAGUCUGCCACUCCAUAGCCCGUCUCACGCCCGGCCACGUCAUGUUUCACUCAUUAAACAGACGCAAACCGGUGUGCUUCCACCGAAUGUGGAAACUCCAAAGACUGUGGUUUGGAAGCACAGGGAGAGAGAUCUUCGUCGGUCUCCACAGGACAACUACUCGGUCACUGCGCCUUCACCAUUGGAUGUGUACCAUGGAAGGCACUCACCGGGUUCUCUGUCAAAGCCAGUGGAAGCGGCAAACACGGGACAGCUCGGAUCACGGGUACCGCAGUCUUACAGGCCGACAACACCUUGGCGUGGUGUCGACCAGACUCCUUCAGUUCCUGGUCGCCUGAUGUCGCCAACGCAGAAACUGCUUGUAACGACCUCGAAGCAGCAAUCUGUCGUGGAACGGGGAAUCUCUCCCAGAUCUACCGUCAAUCGCGUGUCAAGCGGUUCGCCGCAAACUAUUACUUGGCGUCUCAGCCAGGUUCCAAAGGAAAACAGCGAAGGUUCACUUCGCAUACAGUCCACCAGGGCGGAGAUGAACUCUCUGCCUCUUCAAUCUGUAUCUACCAAUCGCUCGUCGAGUGGUGGAAGCCAACAAUUGCGCAUUGCGCAGACUGUGUCUACAGUCCCAAGCCAACCGGUGUCGGUUGGAGAAUACUGUACCACGCUCAGCAAGUAUGCUACCACAGCGAUUUUCAAGACUGGUCUCGCAUUUGCCGGCUUUUGGCAAAAUUUGGGAUCGGUUGUUUCAUUGGCCGGAGGCAUGUUUGGCACAUUUGCCGUUUUUGCUUCCAAACAACAUUGGUUCGCUCGGAAGGGAAUGGGGUUAAUUUAACCUCGAGCCUGCUUGAGCCUUUGCUGUUCGUGCUGAAGCUUCUGUCCUUUGAUUGUUCGGUUGUGGGAAAAGAUACCUUAAGGUUGUGGUCAUAUUUGGUUUGUUGCUAGGUUUUUUUUUAGCGGUGUUUGUUGGGCAUAUUUUCAUGAAUAUUCAAAAUCGGGAUUUAACGAUUGGCUAGAGUUAGAGAGAAAUACAUAAUUCUUUUCACCAAAUUCCAGCCUCUGUACAGAGUGCAGAGUAGUUUAAUGGAUCAGGAGA